CGUCCCUGGAGCCUGGCGAUCCGGCUUUCUCUCCGCUCCUUUAUUUCGCCGCGGAGAGCCCUGUUCCCGCCGGCGACAGCGGCUUGCCUCCUGCUGCCUCAGCCCUCACAGGCUUUUCUCGGCACGUUAGUUUCGCCGCGGCUAGCCCUGCUCCCGGCGCCGGCAGCAGCUUGCCUCCUGCUGCCUUAUCCCUCACAGGCUUCUAUCUGCACUUUCUUUUUGGGGGUUUUUUGGAGCCGCUAGUGCGGUUAUCGGCCCCGCGGCUCCCCCUGCUAGUCUGUGCUGGGCAGCCCUUCCCCCCACUUCGUCCCCAGACGGCCGCCAUUGCUCCUUCUCUCUCCGCCUUUUUUGAUCGUUUUUUCCCGCCCUUUUUUCCGGGCGCCAUUUUUUGAAUUCAAAAUUCCCGCCUUUUUUGUUACCCUUUAUUAACCAUCGGAUACCUUCCCUGCAGGCUAUCUAUCCGUAUGUGUGUUGUAUACGUGCUGCAAACAGACUUACACAGGGCUGACUUGCACACAAAUUUACUGUGGUGCUGCAAACAGACUUACACAGGGCUGACUUGCACACAGAUCUACUGUGGCUGUAAUCCUAGUGGCUGGAUUAUAUUAUCAAGGCUGGAGCUCCAAUCCUAGUGGCUGGAUUGUAUUAUCAAGGCUGAAGCUUUAAUCCUAGUGGCUGGAUUGUAUUAUCAAGGCUGGAGCUUUAAUCCUAGUGACUGAAUGGUAUUAUCAAGGCUGGAGCUUUAAUCCUAGUGGCUGGAUUGUAUUAUCAAGGCUGGAGCCUUAAUCUUAGUGGCUGACUUGUACUAAAUCUGAUUUAUAUUGGUAUAUCCUGCCCCCUCUGGGGCCGUGUACCACGCCUGAAACCCAGCCUACAGCACUAAUCUGAGUGUGCUAAGUCUAAAUACAGCCUAUAACAUAUUAAUGCUAAUACCUUAGUGCAUCCUGCCCCCUCUGUGGCAGUGCACUCCGCCAUCUGCCAGUGUAUUCUACCCCCUCCGUGGUCGUACGCUGAGCCAGUUUGGGUCUUUACAUCCUGCCCUCUCCGUGGCAGUGUACUGUACCCAAGUUAAUAUAAGAUGGCAGAACAGCCAGGCAUGCCGCAAUCAACCCAUAUGGUGCCAGAUCAGCCAGGCAUACCACAAACAGCCAAGCCACAACAUUCUAACACGACUAAGACCAGACACGCCAAAGCCCUGGCUAAGACAAAACAUCUUUCCAGCCAUAGCAAACCAAAGUGCCCACGUUACGUCUCUGUGCCAGCCACCACCACAGCACCUCAGGCACACAUAAGCGAUGUUCUGCAUUCCCCUGCUGCUUCCUCUGACGAGGAAGAAUUUGUUGGCUUUCCCGCUCAGUAUUCGACUAACGAACCUUCCUCCGAUUUACCGCCCCAAACAUCUGUUCCAAUAGCUCCUCAGGCACAUACAUCUGCCACAUCCGGGCUGCAGCUGUCUCCUGAUUUCCUCUCCCAACUUCAAGCCAUGCUGGCAUUUUUUACCCAAAUGCAGUCACUACCAGAAGUUCCUGCCAUACCUCAACUCAACAUGGAACAUCGUGCGUGUCAUGAAACUCACCCUUCCUGUUCACCUAACCCCUUUGAUGUAGCCAGAGGCAGAUGUAUUGACGAAGCCUCGUAUGCGGAGGAGUCAACCUUCAAUGACCACGUUGAAGCAGAUGACUGGAGCGACUAUUCAGAUCAUGAGGAGCAUACAUCAUAUCGCUUGUUUAAUGCCUCAGACUAUCAGCCCCUGGCACGCAGGGUAGUUAAUACUCUUGGUCUCCAGACAGCGCCUUCAACUUCGUCCGCCCCAGCUAUCAAAGGGGCCAAGGUCCUCAAAUCCCCUGCACCUACUGAACACUACAUCCCGGUGCCGGACCCAAUUGCCAAAUUAGCCUCUGAAGAAUGGGCCCAUCCACUCAAAGCUCGACGCUUCAAGAACCUGGCUGACAGACUUUACGCCCUAGCCCCAGACUUUGCCACCAAGUUAGAUGUCCCUGGCAUAGAUGAACCAAUCGCUCGCCUCGUUUCACGAUCUCUUUUGCCCAGGGAAGGGGAAUCCCACCUAAAAGACACUAUUGAGCGACGAAUAGACUUCGCCCUCCGCAAGAAUCACGAGGCCACUGCCCUAGCCAUGUGUGCCUCCGCUUCAGCCUCCAUCUUCUCCAGAGCAUCUAUGAUGUGGCUGGAUGACCUUCUAGAGGACGCUAACCCUGAUCCUGUCGCCCUCAGAAGAGCACUAUUGAAAUUGCGUAAGACAGCAGCUUUUGUGGCCGAUGCCACUUUGGUUGCCACUCAAUUAGGGGCACGAGCCAUGAUGGCUCAAAUAGUCGCUCGUCGCACCCUCUGGCUUCGCCACUGGCAAGCUGAUUCAGCGGCCAGAUUGAAUCUGUCCAGGGCUCCUUACUCCGGAUCUCUACUCUUCGGCGACGAAGCUCUAAAGGCAGUGCUGGUUGAUCCAAAAGACGCCCACAAACCGGUUCUGGCCACAGUCAAGAACAGCGACCACAGGCCCUUCAGGCGAUUUCCUUCCUUCCGUUCUAACCAGCCCUUUCGAGGAACGCGGCCAGGAGGACGAGGCCGCGACUUCAGAUCCUAUGAUCCCAACGCAUUCAGGGGCUCCUGGAACCGACGCUUCCAGGGCAGAGGCCUACGGCUGGCUUGUCAACUUCGACAAAAGCCAUCUCCAACUAACCCAACGCCUACUACAUCUAGGGGCAAUGUUGGACACCCUGCAGGCAGUGGUCUUCUUGGCUCCAGAUCGCAUCACUGCCAUCACAAACAUCGCAAGGUCCCUGAUGCAACAAACAUCCGCAGACGUCAUGCUUCUUGCCAGAACGCUCGGGAUGUUCAUUUCUACCAUCCACAUUGUGCCAUGGGCUCGAGCACACACUCGACACCUUCAAUGGACUCUGUUGCCUUUUCAACAGGACAUUGCCAGCACCAACCAUCGCAAAGUUCGUUUGAGCCCCGCACUGCGCCUCUCCUUCCGCUGGUGGACCAAGGUUCAACACCUCUCCAAGGGCACGUCGUUCAGAGAACCCCGCAGAACCGUUGUAACCACAGAUGCCAGCCUCAUCGGUUGGGGAGCCCACUGCAACUCCCAGUACGUUCAGGGGGUUUGGUCCACCGCGGAGCAAACUCAAAGCAUCAACUGGCUGGAGCUAAAGGCUGUCCACUUAGCUCUACGUCAUUUUCAGUCUCUGUUCCCUUUGGACCAUGUGCUCAUUCGAACAGACAACACGUGUGUAAAAUCACAUUUGAACAGACAAGGGGGCACCAGGUCUUGUCCCCUGCAGGACUUAGCCUCCCUCAUUUUUGUCUGGGCAGAACAACAUCUACAAUCCCUGAAAGCAGAACAUCUCAGAGGGAUUUGGAAUGUGACAGCAGACUGGCUCAGCAGACAACAGGUAUUUCCGGGAGAAUGGAAACUUCAUCCAGCCAUUUUCCAUCGUCUCCAAUGUCGGUUCGGCGCCCUCUCAGUCGGUUUGCUUCCAGUCGCAAUUGCCAGCUUCCCAGGUACUUGCCGGAUACCUGGACUCAACAGCAGAAGCAGUGGAUGCUCUGACAACACCGUGGCCAGACGGUCUAUUGUACGCCUUUCCUCCCAUACCAUUGUUAGCCAAAACCUUGAGGAAGGCGCGAACCGAGAGGGCACAGCUGGUUCU